GGGGGGUGCGCGGGCGCGGGCGGAGGCUGGCAACAUCACGGCGCGAGUACGGUACGGCGUGUUUAUUCUGUUCUGCCGCAUAUAUCGACCGGGCCCGUGGCGCGCGCCGCCCGGUCAGUCGCCGCCGCCGCUCGCACAGACCGCGCGUCUCGCCCGCUCGUGACAGCUGCCAACCUACCUCGCACGCGACUAGCAACUUAAUAAUAUCAACAAAUAACAUCCACUAUCACAUACUGUCAUAAACUAUCAUGCUGGAACGUUGUUACAAUGAAUAACGACUGAGUGUUAACGAACAAAACAAAAGAUCUAAUGUGUAAUGUGAGAUUGUGUUGCUAAAGUUGGGUUGCAUCUCUUCAGGCAGCUGUCCAUACGGUGCGGGAGAGGCCGAGCUGACAUUAUGAAAAAUAUGUGAUUUUGGUCACAAAAACAAAACGAUGGCGGCAUAUUUUCACAUAUCGACGUGUAACAGAUAGAAGCAACGACUGUGAUGCAAGUAGAUGUAAUGGCGUAGGUGAUACGCAAUGUCCACAUAGGGGGAGCAGAUCGAUGGGACCGCAUGGAGACGCGCGUGCAGAUGAGUCAAGCGCUGCCGACCAAACGCACGGAAGCAACCUAUAGGAGUUGCUCGCAGUCUCUGCCGCUCGACAUUCUAUGGUUGCCGCGGUCGUCGUUCCGGCCGGCAGAGGGCGAGCUGGCGGACUGCGUGCUCGUGGUGGGGGUGUCGCGGCCCAAGCUCGCGGCGGCGCUGCUGUCCGUGACGCUGCUCUCUCUCUUCCUCACCUUCCACGUGCUGUACGACAGCGCGCUUUACAGCAUACAGGCUGCCAGCCUGGCGUCCGCGGCGAGCGAGAGCCGCAAGAUCCUGCACAGUCAAGAAAUGGGCGGUCGCAGCAUCAACCAUCCCAUGGCGCUACGGAAGAGGACGCGGCCCUCAAGGCCGCCGAGGCCGAUGAAGAGGCUUCCACAGGCGUUAAUAGUCGGAGUCCGCAAGUGCGGUACGCGAGCACUCCUAGAGAUGCUGUACCUUCAUCCGAUGGUACAGAAGGCGUCUGGCGAAGUGCAUUUCUUUGAUCGCGAUGAGAACUACGCUCUGGGCCUGGAGUGGUACAGAAGUAAAAUGCCACUGUCCUUUAAAGGGCAGAUAACGAUAGAGAAGAGCCCUAGUUACUUCGUUACUCCUGAGGUGCCAGAACGGGUCCGCGCCAUGAACUCCUCAGUGCGGCUGCUCCUUAUAGUGCGCGAGCCGGUGACUCGUGCCAUCUCCGACUACACACAGCUGCGCAGCCGCGCCACGCCUUCGGCCCCGGCGCACGCCAUGACGCCAUCCCAUCCGGCGCCUGACGCCGCCAAGCCGUUUGAGCAUCUCGCCAUAUCGCCCGAUGGCUCCAUCAACGUCGCGUAUAGGCCUAUCGCCAUAUCAUUGUACCACGCGUACUUGCAUCGCUGGCUGGAGGUGUUUCCACGGGAGCAGAUUCUGGUAGUCAACGGAGACUUGCUCAUCGAAGACCCAGUGCCUCAGCUGCGGCGCAUUGAGAAGUUCCUUGGAUUAGAGCACAAAAUUGGAAGAAGAAACUUCUACUUCAACGAAACUAAAGGCUUCUACUGCUUACGAAAUGACACCACGGACAAGUGUCUGCGUGAAACUAAAGGUCGUAAGCACCCGCGGGUGGACCCGGCCGUCGUCACCAAGCUUAGGAAGUUUUUUAUACAGCACAACCAGAGGUUCUACGACCUCGUAGGAGAAGACCUCGGCUGGCCCGAGGACUAGGUAACUGGUAACGUUACCAGACAUAUGGACGCACCAUAUCGUUGUGAUCGAAUGUAAUUCUUACAUAUCAAAAUAAAACAUAUCAUUAGUGCUUAAGGUUUUUAAAAUAUAUGUAUACAUCUAGAGUAAUUACAAAUUAGAACACCUGGAAAUAUAAAUUUUAUUUA